CUCCUUGCUGCUUUUGAUAGAUCUAUGCAAUAUAGCUAAUAGUGCAGCACUGUGAAAGUUUACUAAAAGGUUACCAACAUAUAAACGCCUUCUUUCGUAACUAUAUCUUAGCUUUUAGACGCCUCAGUAUAUUUUAUGUAUCAGAUCAGCAUGUAUUUACCAGAGUUAAGUUCUAUUCGUGUUGGUUAGAUUUUGUUGCUGUCGUCAAACUGACCGCGCGCGUACCUCGCUACCUUUCUUGACGCCUGGGCGCGUAUCUCGAGGGUGCGACUUUAACAGUUGUUAUUCAAGCGGUUUCGCGGCAUUGUGCAAGUAAUACUCGUAAACAUUCGUUGACCCCUCUCCGUUCGCGCCGAUUCCCUCACCUAUCGUCUGCGGGUCCAGAAACUAAAUAAAAGGUUGGACAGAAAGUUAUUACCUUAACAGAAAGUCUAAGAAGGAUGGCGCUUUGUCGUCUAGCUUGUCUCGUCCCCCGUGUGUUCGCCGCAGCUGGGCCAAAUGGAACAAGGCCUUUGCUGGUAUCGCUGGCGGGCAGGCCUAUGUCCACAGAUUCUGGCAGCUACGAAUGUAUCCUUUACGAGAAAAUCGGCGAGAAAAAAAACGUUGGUCUGAUUCGAUUGAAUCGACCAAAGGCGCUAAACGCGCUGAACUCACAGCUGAUGGACGAGUUGGGCGAUUGUAUUGAAGACGUGAAUAAUGACGUGUCAGUCGGGUGCAUGAUCAUCACUGGAAAUGAGAAGAGUUUCGCUGCGGGAGCCGAUAUCAAGGAAAUGGCGAACAAGACGUUUGCAGAUUGCUACAAAAGCCAAUUUCUCGAGUCUUGGGGUAAGGUAGCGAAAUCACAUAAGCCAAUUAUCGCUGCGGUGAACGGCUACGCGCUCGGUGGAGGCUGUGAGUUGGCAAUGAUGUGUGACAUUAUUUACGCCGGCGAAAAAGCGCGUUUCGGACAACCGGAAAUUCUCUUAGGCACUAUUCCUGGCGCAGGGGGUACCCAACGUUUGACUGCUGCCAUCGGCAAGUCACGCUCCAUGGAAAUGUGUCUCUCGGGCAACCAAAUUACAGCCCAAGAAGCUGAGAAAUGGGGACUUGUCUCUAGAGUGUUUCCUGUUGAUCAGCUCCUUCCGGAAUCGAUGAAAUUGGCAGAGAAGAUUGCCUCAAACUCGCAGAUAAGUACGGCUAUCUGCAAGGAAACAGUAAACCGAUUCUUCGAGAUGCCCUUACAAGAAGGAUUGACGUUCGAGCGUAGGGCAUUCCACUCCACGUUUGCACUUGAGGAUCGCCGCGAAGGGAUGAAAGCGUUUAUUGAAAAACGCCCGGCUAAUUUUAAGAACGUGUAAUUACGGACAUGUUUGUGCAGACGUCAAAGCCAGACAUGUAAGCGCUGUUCCUUGGGACCAUUUAAUCUUGCCAAAUAAUGAAUGAAAGAGGCCUGACGCACUGUUCUAUCUCUAAUAUGAGAUAGAAACUGGUAGUAACGACUCGCGGAUAAAUACAUGGAAUGGCUUGGCAACUUUUGCUCCAUCAUCGCUAACGCGCUGAGUAUAUAAGGUUCUUGUAGUGUUUAUUGAGGUUUAAACUACAACGAUGUAUUUUAAUAAAAACUACGAUGUAUUUUAAUAAAAAAAAAU